AUGGCACAGCAAAACACUCCCACUGACCCCCAGACAAAAGCGAGAAAGAAUAGCCCGGUCAGCCCCAAAGUCAAACCCAAACAGACAACAACAGAAAAGAAACUCAACAUCGUGGAAAAAACUGCAAGACUGAUGAAGGAAAGCCUGGCAAAUUUGGAACCCACCUCCUUUCAAACACAACAACAUCGAGCCUGCGGUUCCCAAGCCCUCACAAGAACGGAUGACUCCAGCUCAUCAUCCUAG